AUGUAUCAGUCGCUAAGUGAAAGUCAUUCACGAUUCUAUGCUAGUCAAGUGGUGUUGGCGUUUGAAUAUCUACAUCAUUUAGAAUUAGUCUACAGAGAUUUGAAACCGGAAAACAUUCUUAUCGAUCAAUAUGGAUAUUUAAAGAUAACGGAUUUUGGUUUUGCUAAACGUGUGAAAGGGAGAACAUGGACUCUAUGCGGUACACCAGAAUAUUUAGCUCCUGAAAUUAUUCUAAGCAAAGGUUACAAUAAAGCUGUUGAUUGGUGGGCACUUGGUGUAUUAGUUUAUGAAAUGGCAGCUGGUUAUCCACCAUUUUUCGCUGAUCAACCAAUACAAAUUUAUGAACGUAUUGUAUCAGGAAAAGUUCGUUUCCCGUCACAUUUUAGUUCUGAUUUAAAAGAUUUACUAAGAAAUCUUUUACAAGUUGAUUUAACUAAACGUUUUGGAAAUUUAAAAAAUGGUGUUAAUGAUAUUAAAACACAUAAAUGGUUCGCAACAACUGAUUGGUUCUCUAUUUUUAAACGUGAUAUUGAAGCACCAUUUACACCAAAAUGUUCUGGUGCUGGAGAUGCAAGUAAUUUUGAUGAUUAUGAAGAAGAACCAUUACGUAUUGCUACAACAGAGAAGUGUGCAAAAGAAUUUGGUGAAUUUUAA